AUGGAAUCAGCUACAUCUUAUAAUUUUUUCAUUUAAAAUAAAAAUGACUAACACAUAAAUAAAUCUAUUUCUAGCCCAAUUUAAAAUAAAAAAAUUUUAAAACAUUCAUUUUCACAAAAUUAUAAAUAAAAAUAAAAAAAUAAAAAUUAAAUUAGUAAAAUAGAUAUUGAUAAGUUAAAUUAUUUAACUCAUAUUGAUGAUAUCAUUCGUAUAUUUCACUUGAGUUAAUUAGGAAUAUAUCACAUUAAAAUGAAAUAGUAUUUUAAAGCAGCUGAUUAUUUUACUUAAAUUUUUGAAAAUUGCAAAAUAUUUUAUUAAAAUAUAAGAAGUUAAAGCUUUUUGCAACUUCAUAAACUUGCUAAGUAAAUUAAUUUAAAUCAUCCUCUUAUAGAUAGGAUAUAUGAUUAAUUAUUUAAUGAUGUUUCAUACAAAAUAAGCUUAGUUUAUCUUGAUAUAAGCAAAAAAAAGUAAAAAUCAAAUUUAAAGAAUAAAUUAAAAGCAAAGAGAUUUUGUAAAGACAUUAUAUCUAAAGUAAUUACUAAAAAUGAUGACUAAUUUGGUUUAAUUUAUUCAUCACUUUCAGAUAUGAGUAUUUCAGAAAAAAUUUCUUUAAUAAAUUAUUAAACGAUAGCCAAAAGUUAAAAUAUAAUAUUGUAAUAAUUAGAAAAUAUUUUUCAAACAAAUAAAUGUUAAAAUAUAAACUAAAAUAAUUUUUAAAAUGGGAACGUCUCUAAAAAAUUUUAAAAAAUAGAAUAAAUUAUAGCAAUUAAUGAAAUGAAUUUCUUUUUAAACAACUAAACAAAUUGUCCUUAAGAAAAAAAAGAAAAUAUUCUUAAUUAAAAUUAAAUUUAACAAUCUAGCAUUCUUAAGGACACACUGUAUAAGAGUUUGAAUCAAGAUGAUGGUUUAUAGAGUAAUUUUAAAUUUAAUUUAAAUAAAUUUUAAAGAAAGCCCUAUUAAAAUGAUUAUAAUUGUUCGCUUAAUGAAUAUUAAAGUUAAUAAAUGAGCUUUAAUUAAAACUCAUUGAGCAGCAUUAACAGCAAAAUUUCUUAAAAUUUAUAAACUAUUUGUGAUAGUCCUUAAAGUCAGUUGGUUAAAAAUUUUGAUUUUAUUGAUUUAGAUUAAAAUAUAAGCUAAACUAUUCCUUAAUUUAAAGCUUUUGAUAAAAACAAAUUUUAGAUAACAGACUAUUUUUGA